AUGGCGUCGUGGCUGCCGGAGACUCUGUUCGAAAUUGUAGGACAAGGCCCAGCGCCCAGCAAAGACUAUUACCAGUUAUUGGUCACCCGCUCCCAGGUAAUCUUUAGAUGGUGGAAGAUCUCUCUGAGGAGUGAGUAUCGAUCAACAAAACCUGGAGAAGCCAAAGAGUCUCAUGAAGAGUUCCUUGAGAACUCCCAUCUUCAAGUUCAAAUUGCCUUAAUAUUUGGUGCAAGAAUAUUAGACUAUGUCUUCAAUUUAUGUGAAGGUAAAUUUGACUUCCUUGAACGGCUCUCAGACAAUUUGCUCCUGAAUAUCAUUUCUUAUCUGGAUCUUGAAGAUAUUGCCAGGCUUUCUCAAACAUCACGCAGAUUUGCACAGCUGUGCAUGUCUGACGAGCUGUGGGAGAAGAUAGUCCAGUCGGCCUGUGACACCAUCACGCCGGACAUGCGGGCCCUGGCCAAGGACAUAGGCUGGAGGCAGAUGUUCUUCACCAACAAGCUGCAGCUUCAGCGACAGCUCCGCAAGAGGAAACAGAGACAAGGGAGCCAGAUAAACAAUAAAUUUUAGGGACACAUUUUCUCACCUGCAGGGGGGUCGAGGCCUGGGUGUAGUUCCCUUCCGUGUCCAAAUCUCUCCCGUUUCCUUCGACUACGAACUCAGAUUUGAACUUGCUGAUUCAAGGAGCCAUUGGAAAAGCACACCGGGUUUGCACAUACCUGCAGCCCAACCCGACUAGGCGGGGCCUCGCUUGAACCACGGUCCCCCUGUUGGAGGGUCCAGUUCGUGGCCCCAGCAAAGGGCUGCGGGACAGAAAGCCCGUGACACCCGUAAGAAAAAGAGGCUUCUGCUGUACAGAAACAAAAAAUAAAUGGUUAUCCGCAGGUUUUUACUCCUUAUCUGUUUUGCUCUAGGCAUUUGAAAGGAUUACUUGCGCUUCUGAAUUUUGGCCUGAUAGAGGGGGCUCCGCGUCCCCACGGGAAAGAGCGGGGGGGCAGGGGCCACGGG